GGGGUUGAAUAGAUUUUUUACUUUGAACUAACAAGUUGGACCAUUGACGUACCAACAUUAUACAUUCUACCUCUUUGGACUAUACGCUUCCCAUCAGUCAUUUGAUCUUUCUUUUCUAUUGAGAGUUUCGAUUCUUUUAUGAAUUGCUUAAUUACAUCCAUACUCUAGCCGGUUAUGAUUUCGCAAGUGAAAUUACAAACAAAUAUGGACUUCCCGAUCAAAAACGAACAGAUGGAAAAUAUCCAACGAUCAUCUUCCAGCAACAGUCCUUCCUCUGGAAGCAAGAAACAAAAAAACAUCCCUGUUGAAUUAACUGCGUUUGGAACAACUCCCUCUGGUAAGCCAAGACUAUUUGUUUGUCAAGUAUGUACCCGAGCCUUUGCUAGAUUGGAACAUCUUCGUCGACAUGAACGGUCACAUACCAAGGAGAAACCCUUCAGUUGUGGCGUUUGUCAACGGAAGUUUUCUAGAAGAGAUUUGCUUUUAAGACACGCUCAAAAACUUCAUGCGGGCUGUGCUGAUGCUAUUACCAGACUUCGCCGAAAGUCCAUGAAACGUUCAGGUUCUCAAUCCCAUGAGUUUGAUAUGGACAUGGAUGAUGAUGACUCAGUUGCUUCUCCGCCAGAUUAUAGCGGCAGUCCAACUAAGUCUUCAGGUACGCCAUCUACCUCCUACAAUAACAGUGGUGAAUCGGUUCAAUUCAACUUGAACUUGUUCAACCAGCUGCAACAAUUACAUCAACAUUUACAACAACAGCAACAGCAACAACAACAACAGCAACAACAACAACAGCAACAACAGCAACAACCGCAUACCCCGCCUCUGAAGAAAUUGGGUGGUGGUCAGAAACUAUCCCGUAAUGGUUCUUUGAAGGAAGCAUCAUCUUCAUUACAAAGGCAAGUAUUUGAUCGUAGAAAAUUAGUGGGGAGAAGUCGUGGGGUGUCGUUUUCAGCUCAAUCUGGGGCCAAUUAUGCCGUUGGAAUGCCUGAAUUUAAUGAUAUCUACCCAGGGGCUGAUAACAUAGAGUUUUCGACUCCACAAAUGCUACCAUCAAGUACCAGUGAUGACAAUUGGCUAACCAGCUUAUCAACCAUUCCUGGAAUGAGUGAUUCGACUAACAAUAAAAACAAUAACAACAAUAACAAGAACUUUAACGACAAUAUGAAGACUAUGAAUGGUAAAGUACAACAGCAACAACAACGACUUAAAAACAAUUCCAUCACCCCUCUCAGUUUAGAUGAAUUGCCACAAAAUGUAUCACAUCAUGGAUCUUUUUCUGGUCCUAUCCCUGGUCACUUGAGAUCAGAUAGUAUCAAUAGCAUUGCUUCGUUCAAUACAUUUGAUUCAAUGAGUAAUGGUGUGCAAUACAUGGUUGGAAACGACAGUCUCUCUAACACAGAGCUUCCCCAACUGGCCACGAGCAACCCUCCCAACCCCUUGAGUAGACAUGCUAUGAGUGGCUUGAUGCCUGAACAUACUUCAAGUGGUGAUUAUGGAUAUUCAUUCUAUGAUAUCCCUGAAUCAAUGCUUGGUGGAGCCAAAUUUGAGAACUUCCGACUUCCUAUGGGAUUGAGCACAAUUCAACAAGAAAGUGAAGCGCCAACUCCCCAAGAAUCUGGUAGUGCUGAUGGCAAUAAUGUGAAUAUAAGUGGUACUUCAGGAGGCAAAAUGAGAUACCAUAGCAACCCUAAUUUUGAUUUGAAUUUUUUGAAUGAUAUUGGAGAAUUAACUCAUGAAUAUGAUGUAAACUCAAAGUUUAUGCCAAAUGGAUACUCAUUUUAUGGUGAUAAUGCUUCCGUAUCUUCUUCUGGGAUGGAAACAAGUUCCCCACAUAACUCGACAACUCCUCAACAAUCAGAAUGUUUGAACCAAAAUCAACUCAUGAAUAUUGAACAGGGUAAAACAACGUCAAUAUCUCCUCAUGAUGCUCAAAUUAAUACUAAAAAGAGUUCUUCUGCUAGAAAUGGUGGAUCUUCUUCAUUCAGAGCAGGUAACUACAGUAAAAACAAAUUAUUCACUAAUAACAUCAGAUACCUGAUCAAUCGUGCAUUAAGUAAAUAUCCAAUUAGUGGUAUAAUGACCCCUUCAAUCCCGCUGAAUGAAAAGUUGGAAUUUUAUUUGAACAACUUUGUUAAUAUCUUUUUAGCACAUUUUCCAUUCAUUCAUUUCUCAAAAUUAAAUGAGUAUGAAAUAAUGAGUAUGACUGCAAAUGAAGAUGUGAAUAAUGAAAGUGCUCGGGUUUGUUUACCAUUGUUGGUUGCUACUAUUGGUGCCUUGCUUACAAAUAAUAAGAAUGAUUCUGAACAUCUUUAUGAAGCAUCAAGACGUACCAUACAUAUCUAUCUUGAAAGUCGUAAAAAUAAUGUUGGUGGAGAAAAUGGAGAAGAUGAAAAGGCUGGUGGUACCCCACAAUCUGUGAAUCCAUUAUGGCUCAUUCAAUCAUUGACGCUUUCUGUUAUUUAUGGAUUAUUUUCUGAUAAUGAAAAUAAUGUGUACAUUGUAAUCCGUCAAUUGAAUGCAUUGAACUCUUUGGUGAAGACUUCGAUCAAGAGUAAUCGAGUCAUUUUAUUUUCAAUUUAUGGAGAGGAUUAUGAAACAUUUUUGAAAUGUCUGUCACAACAGCAGGAUCUGUCCCUUAUGGAAAAGGAUUUGGCGACAUCAAAUAUUGGAACCUCGGCCACUUCGUCUCUCUUUUUGUAUGAUGUACAUGAAGAAUUGAAGUUUAAGAACAAUAUCAACAUACAAUCACAAAAGAGAAUUGUUUUCAUGAUUUAUCGGUUAACUAAUUUCUUACUUAUGAUGUACAAUGUACCAUUAACUUUGAGUAUUAAUGAUUUAGGGACUCUUGAUGCUCCAAAUAAAACGGAAGAAUAUUUGUGGAACUUUAAAAGCUUUCUGCAUUUCCAAGAUUUCAGACAAAGUCAUAAUGGAAAAUCAAUUGAUGAAUUACUUACUGAAGCAAGUUUGAAUAAAAUUGUAUUCCGUGAUGCAUUGUUACAAAUUACUAAGAAUUUCAAUGUGGAAAAUCCAACUGAUACUGUGUUGAAUAGUAAGAUGUAUAAUUUGUCGUUAUUUGGAUUCAUAUCUAUUGUUCAUGGAAUUUUUGAGAUCAAGCAAUAUCAGGAAAUGAGAAGUGUUAAUGUAUUUGUUAUCUUAGACAAUUUAACCAGAUAUGUUGGUAAAAAUGACCAUGGGGUUAUAUAUGAACUGCUCAAUAAGGUUCAAGAAGAUUUUGAAAAGUUGGAUUAUGCAUUACUAGCAAAUUUCACUAAAAUGUCGUCUCUUGUGAAUAUUAAAUUGGUUAAGGAACAAAGUUGGUUAAGAAACUAUGAUGAAUUAUCAAAGAAUUUCAACAAUUUAUUGAUGAAUAUGAACAAUAUUAGUGAUUAUGACUAUUUAAAAAUUGUUGAUUGUUGCAUCAUUAUUCUUAAAUUAAUUUUGUUCAAAACUGAUACAUCAAAUGGAGGUUUACAGAAGAAUCAUGAUGAAAUUUCAUUUGUUGGUACGGAAAGUUUCCAUGAUUUGGUGAAUGAGCUGUUAUUGAAUAUGGCAUCGUCUACAUUCAAUACAUCUGCGGAAUUUGAAAAAAUGAUCAAUUUAAAAGUUUAUGAUGAAUUUGAUAAUUCAAAAGCAUCAAUCCAUUCACAAAUGUUAUUCCAUAUCUUUUCAAUAUUUUCAUUAUUUUCAACGUUUAUGAUUAGAAAGAAUCAUUUUAAGAACAGUGGAAAUCAUAUUGUCAAUGAAUUUCAAAAUGGAUCUGCUACAGAAUUUGAUAAAGAAUUAAAUCAAAGAUUUGAAAUCAUGUUGAAGAUCUUGGGUAAGAUUGAACAAUUUUUGAAAGAAAAGUACGAAAAUUUGAACCUUGAGAACGAUUUUGCAAACUUGUAUCUUUACAGUAAUAACGGAUUCUCGAGCAAUAAUUAUAGUUUAGAGAAAUCAUUGUACAUUCUCAAGAUUGGAGAGUUGAUUUUGGGCUAUAUGUAUGAUACCAACAUCAAGGUGUGCAUCUUCCAGAAACUUAGUGGAAGUUUGUCACAAUUACGAAAGUUUAUGAUUGAUAAUGAAGGCCGUAUUCUCUCAUGAUAUCAGAAGAUUUGCAGCUAUCAAAAAGAUAAAAGAAAAAAAAAAGUGAAGGAACGAAACCAAAAUGUAUUUAUUGAUGACGUGGAGCCAGCUC